CAGCAGCGGGGUCGGGCUGCAGCGACAAUAAAAGGUGGAGGAGUCCUCACUUCAUCCCAACCACUGAGUCUCCCCGCCACACACACACACACACACACACACACACACAUACACCAACUUCUGCGUUCAGGUGGAACAGACGGCGGGAAAACCACAUCCAAGAUGCAGAGGUGCUUCGGGAUAUUUUGCGUGUCGCUCAUCUUCUGCGCUGCUCUGUCUGAGACCAUCGGGCUGGUGAUCGCGGCGAAGGAGAAGCGUGGCUGGACACUGAACAGUGCUGGCUACCUGUUAGGUCCCCGUCGUAUUGAUCACCUAAUUCAGAUAAAGGAUUCUCCCAGUGCCAGAGGCAGAGACGAGCUGGUCACUCAAUAUGGAAUAGAUGGACACAGGACACUAGGAGACAAGCCGGGUCUGGCUGGCAAGAGGGACAUGGGUCAGGAGGAGGACUUCAGAACAGGUGCCCUAAGAAUAGCAGAUGAAGACAUCAUCCACAUUGUCAUUGACUUCCUGUCGUUCCUCAAACUUAAAGAGAUGGGAGCUUUGGACAGCCUGCCCUCCCCCGUGACUUCAGAUGAACUAGUGAAUCCCUAAUGGGACUGCCUUCCUGCUGUUCACCCCCCCCUCCUCCUCCCACAUCUAUGUUGAAUGUUGCUGAAUGUCACCUUACUGUAGCUCCAUCCAUGUUCUGACUGGAUCUGUCCUGGUACCAAAGAUCUGAUCCUGUAACUAUUUGUGAUGGAGGUUGAUUCUUUCCCCCAGUACUAACCUCAGAUCUUUCUGUUCCUGUGUAAAUAAAACUACUGUGGAUCAGUGAG